AUGGCAGACUUAGUAUCGCAGCCCAAGCCCACAGCCGCGCUUCAGGCAGGCGGCGGCGCCAGCGAAACCCAGCGCACCGUCAAGACGCUCAACGACUCCAUCCUCCCUCACCUCACCAAGAUCUUCAAUGUCCACGCCGGCAAGGAGGACAAGAAGUGGCACAAAGAGCAAAUCGCCUCAUUCGUUAAGAACGUCCAGGCCGAUGCGGCUGCCCUCGAGCAUCUCGCCUCUCUCGAGGGUGCCACGACAGACGAGCUGGAUUUCAAUGGUUUCCUUAGCUACAUGACCUCCUCCGCUUCGGCUGCCACUGCCCCGGCCAAAGAGCAGGACUUGACGUACCCGCUGUCGAGCUACUUCAUCAGCUCCAGCCAUAACACUUAUCUCACUGGUAACCAGCUAUACAGCGAGUCCAGCACCGAGGCGUACAAGAAUGUGCUUUUGAGAGGCUGCAGGUGCAUUGAGAUUGAUGUUUGGGACGGAGACGACUCAGAUAACGAGGACAACACGUCGAUUAGCAGCAGCGACGAGGAAGCUGCCGCCACUGGUAAAGUCAAGCGGAGCAAGCUAUCGAAACUUAAGGGGAAGAUGCCUAGCUCGCUGUCGAGCAGACUGGAGAAGACUUCGCUUGGGAAGAAGAUGGAUGAGAGAAUUGAGAGAAAGGAGGGAGAGCAUAGCCCUCCUGCGGCAACCAGUCCGCCUGCCGAUGAUAAGGAAAUGACGUUGCAGAAGACGCCCUCGCCGCGGCCUUAUGGCAUCGAGCCCCAGGUUUUUCACGGAUAUACUCUCACGAAGGAGGUCCCGUUCCGACACGUUUGCGAGACGAUCCGUGACUACGGCUUCGUGGCGGCCGAUACACCACUGAUUGUCAGUUUGGAGGUACACUGCAGCGCGGAGCAGCAAGAGGUAAUGGUGAAGAUCAUGGAGGACACGUGGAAGGACCUCUUGAUUCCGACUCCCGAUGUCGACGCCAAGGAGCUGCCAUGCCCUGCGGAUCUCAAGGGCAAGAUCCUUGUGAAGGUGAAGUAUGCCCCGCCUACGGGUGACGUGACGCCCGACGACGAGAGCGAGGACAAGGCUCUUGCGGAAAGCACCAACAAGAAGGCCGCCGCCGCAAACAAGAAGGCGUCCAAGAUUAUCCAAUCUCUGAGCAAGCUGGGCAUCUACACGCGUGGCAUAUCGUUCAAGUCGCUUACGCAGCCCGAGGCGUCGAUGCCGACGCACAUCUUCUCUCUUUCCGAGAAGGCAGUUAUGGAGGUGCACGAGAAGGAGCCGGACAGGCUCUUCCACCAUAACCGACACUUUCUGAUGCGAGCAUACCCCUCUGGAUUGCGCAUCGGAAGCUCUAAUCUCGAUGCGCCUGUUUUCUGGCGUAGAGGUAUUCAGAUUGUUGCACUCAACUGGCAGAACUGGGAUGAGGGCAUGAUGCUUAACGAGGCCAUGUUUGCGGGCACUCCUGGUUAUGUUUUGAAGCCGGAGGGAUACCGCUGUCUCAAGACGAACUCAGCCCCCGACGCAACCCAGGGCGUUCCGCAGAUAGCAUACAAGACGCUGGACCUCCAGAUUGACGUCCUCGCCGCGCAAAACCUCCCCCUGCCUCCGGGCGACACCAAGGUGUCGGGUUUCAAGCCCUACGUCAAGGUAGAAAUUCACGUCGAGUCCCCAGAGGAACGCCUCCCCGGCGCGCACAUCAAGAACGACGGCCACGAGCAGGAGGGCGAGUACAAGGCCAAGACUAAGUCGAACAAGGGCAUUGAUCCCAACUUCAAGGGCGAGGAGCUCAAGUUUACCGGCAUUCCAGGUGUCGUGGAGGAGCUGACGUUUGUGAGGUUCACGGUCAGAGACGACGAGAUCGGGCGGGAUGACCUCGCGGCGUGGGCGGCCGUGAGGCUCGACCGUUUGAGGUGCGGGUACCGGUUCGUGCAUCUCAUGGAUUGCGAGGGCAAGCUUACGGAGAGUGUGGUGCUGGUGAGGAUCACCAAGAAGGUGUAUUAG